CCGCCUAAGCUCCAAACGUCAAUUCUCUUACGUUUGUCAGAGCCUUGUGAGCAUUUAGCCACGCUGAAAAUGGAAUUGCGUGGCUUCCAUGACAUCAAGAUCUUUGUAUGGAUGCACCAAAGAAUGUCUGACCAAACGAUGAAUCUGCAGUCGUCAUGAUGUCGCUUAGAGACUACUAGAGGCCUGAGCCGCUUGAUAAGUCACUUGUGUGCUGCCAACAGACUCAUGGCUAGGACACUUUCGACAUGCAGCUUGCUCUCAGUAUAAUCUUCUUCUUCCUCGGUUUCGGCCUUGCGACACUAGUCGCCUUGAGGCCACACAAAGCACGAAAGGAUAUUGAGGCGUUCACAUCUCAACUCCGCCAUGUUACCAAUGGGAUGAAAGGGCUUGGGCCUCACCCUGGCGACCUAGAGCAGUCGGAAACCAACGAGCAAAUCAUCAAAAGAGGCUCGGAGAAUCUGUUGACCAAGGAGCAGCUCGAGGAGAAAUAUGACAUGAACGCGUGGCAACGCCUGGUCUACGAAGAGUUCAAGACCACCAUACUCGCCAAGGGUACUGGGCUCAAAACGUUCCCCUGUGUGUAUGCGACCAUGGGCUACCGCGCCGGAGAUCAUCGUUACAUCUUCCUCGAAUCGGACGAUCCGUCAGAACCACGCAAUGUGCGAAUCAUCGCACCAGCCCUGAGAGCAUACUUGCAGGUCUCGAGAUCUCUCGGGCCAAACACCAGUCUUGUCAUCAUGGGCGCCCCUACCGAAGCAUCUUCCAAGACGGUGGAGGAAUACAACAACGAGUUCUUCGAUAUGCUGCGCGGAUUGAGAAUCUGGGAUUCAAAACCGUGGCCGAAAGAUAUCCCUCAAGAGACGAUGAACGAGAAGUGGACUUUCUGUUUCGAUGGCAUACCUCUUUUCCCAGUCGCGUUGACGCCAGCACAUCAACGGAGAUGGUCAAGACACGCUCCUGUACCACUGGUCGCGUUACAACCGAAAUGGGUCCUCGACAACCUUAUGAGCACGCCGGAAAAGCGCAAGUCGGCAACAGGAAAAGUCCGCAAAUUGCUCGCGGAGUACGAUCAGAUCGAGAUUAGUCCUGAUUUGACCCAGUACGGCGAAGUUGGAACAUCAGAGAUCCAUCAGCUGUGUUUACGAGACGAAAACGAGACAAUGGAUUGUCCGUUUGACGACUUCGACAAAGGGGGAGUACGAUCCUCAUCUUCGUCACGCCGCUCGUCCCUCGAAGAGAGGGCAGCAUAAUAGUAUCACCGUAUAAUAUUUUCUUCUUCUCCACACCCUAGCUCUUCAUGGUCAUGUGGGGCGUGUGCGGUGGUCCUGAUGUGUGGGUGUGGUGCUCGGAUAACGAAUCAAAAGGUUGAUGGUGUUGCUCUCCUCCACGACGACUGUUGAGCAAUAACGAGCGGUACAAAGGCAUGGUCAUUUUCCGAAUCAAUCGAGCUCUCUUGAAGAAUCGGUGAGCUGACGGAACCCCCUGAGCGUCGGUGCAAUUUGAAAAAGUCCUGUGCCUCAAGACAGUGACUCGCAAGACAGAAUUGCGCUCAUGGGGAUACGCAACCGCCAAGCACUAUUUUUGUCACGCCGGAGAUCCUCCCCGAGCCAACUUC